AUGAAGAUCCUAGUAGCCUCGUUGCUACUAGAGCUAGCAGCAUGCCAAGUUUAUUACACUUAUCCUCGACAACAACAAAGACAACAAUACUACCCUGUGCGCACGAAUUGUCACACUCCUUGUCAACAACAGCGGUACCGAUGGAAUUAUCGGCCACAACCUAUUCAACCACAAGGCCAACAUAUCAUCACGUUCCCUAUUGUGAUCACUCUUCGACCCCCGGUCAUUCAACCACCACCGCCUGGUCAACCAAUAAAACCCCCGCAACCGAUUGGAUCAACAACCGUUCCACCAACUCCUGUACCCGAACUACCAUCUCCUCAACCGGUGAACCCGAAUGCGAUUGUUCCGACAAAGUGGAGACCAAUUUCUUCUCCAUCUACUUUACCCACUCCACCACCUGAGAGCUCAACGGUGCUCACGACGCAGAGCACGACUCCGACAACGAGAAGCACGACAACGACAACUACAACAAACAACUACAACUACAACAAGAUCUACAACAACGACAACGACUACUACAAC